AUGGAGGAAUCAGCUACGGGCUUCGCCUUAAGCGUCGAGCAAGUAGCCCAUUUGGGCAUAAACAAACUUGUCGUCUUUUCUAAGAGCAACCAGUUGGCUAAGUGCAGGGAAGAAAGACAUCAGUUAUACCUCCAAGAGAUAUGGACCAAGUUGGAAAACAGGGGCUAUGCCACUCAUCAUAAAAUUUCAGAUCUGACAAGGAGUGGCGGCAGAGGGAUAUCUGGGUGUUUAGUGGUGAUCGACGAUACAAAGUACAAAUUGUCCGUUCACGAGUUUACCUACAAGAGUCAUUGGCAGAUUGUUGGUUUGUACGAUCUUGUGGAGUGGAUCAACAAGCUAGAAUUUCAGUACCAAUUAUUCCAAUGCGCCGAACUGCCUGCCACGUAUAUCCCUCAGCUGCCUAUGGAAAACUCUGACCUCAUCGGACUCCUCAAGAAGUACUCAGACCAUUCCUUGGAAUCCAUCUUCCGAUCUGCCAAGAGACAAUCCUCAGUACCCAAGAUGUAUGAGGAUUUGAUGGAAGCGAAAACUUCGAUGGAUCAUCUGACUGUUAGACGUUCUUCGUCUAUAUCAACAAGUCUUUCGCCAUCUUCUGUUUCUAGCGCUUCUUCCAAGGUACCAACUUGCUCAGACUCAGAUACUUCCCGUGACGAGAUGCCACCCGAGCAGGUGGGAAGAAACGAUACUCCAUAUUCAGAUCUUUCACCAGGUAUUUCGGCCGCUUCACUCCCCACGGAUCUCUCUGUCACUGAAGUGGUGAUUCCCAUUAUCCCCCUCUCGUCCCGACAACCCUCACGAUGCUCAGUCUCGCCCUUCCCGCGACCUCACGGGAAUGGUCAUGCAGUAGAUGAAAUUGAAGAAUCAAGUGGUUUUGUCGCCAGUGCUUUACCUUUGAAUCUGGCUUCUGCCACUCCGGACUCGCAGCGAAGAAGAUCUCACAGCGAUACAAGUGCACCACCGACCCGCCGAAAGAGGUCAAAGAGAGCAAGAGCCACACGCAAGUCGGCACUGAUGAUCAGACGAAAUGGCAAGAUCAAGUUGGUCAAAGGGUUAGAUGUACUUGUUAGACGAGCUAUUUGCCUCGGAAAGCAGAAGGUGGUAUAUGAAGGGCAAGUUUACAAUGUCUCUAAGAUUGCUGGAUGA